GCUGGAUGAAUUACUUUGUCUUUUGCAUAAUGUCGUCUUAUUCGUUUGCCCUACUGAUAGUUUGAGAAUUAUUUACUUUUCUGGGGAUAUUUUAUCAGUAUAAUAUAUAGUUUUUUGUACUUUUUAUGAUACUGGAUGGAUAACACUAGCCAAGAAAAGGUGGCGGAGAGUGCAGCUGUGAGCGCUGGAGACAAGAGAGCCCCCUCAGUAGGCUCCACUCCACACUCUUCCAACAACUCCGCUCCGAGGUCCUCCUCCUCUGUUUCCUCCUCCUCCGGGCAGGACAAGUACUUUUACAGGGACAAGUUGGUGUUUGAUCCUGAUGUCUACAUCAACAACCCAUCCUACUCAGAUUUCCAAUUUAAAGUGGGAUCCUCGGAGAUAGGACUCAGCGGAAUAGUUUUAGCAGCUAACAGCUCCUUUAUUCACUUCAAGAUCCACUCUGAGAACUGCAAACGUCUUGAUGUAUCUACUUUGGAGCUGGACGUCGAGCAGGUUAAAGAGAUGGUGAGGCCUCUUUACAACGGGAGACUCUCUCUAAACUCCCGCAAUCUCCUCAGUUUCCUCAUGUUUAGCACUCUCUUUGAAUUUCAGUGGAUAUUUGACUGCUGUCUAGUCUACUUUACAGAGCACAUCAACCCGGAGCUAGUGUUUGACUUCCUGGAGCUGGGAUUACGGUCCCAAAACCACUGUAUGGAUAGCUACAGAGUAGUGAUGAAGCUGUGCUCCAAAUACCUGGAGGAGGGUCACAAUAUGCAGCUCACUUGUGCGCACAUAAAGGGCGUCUUGGUUCGCAUAAGGUCCGUAAGGAAAAAAAUGCAUGCUGUCGCACUCCAACCUACACAGAUAGUUUCGUUGCAGGAAUGUAACAAGAUGAAGAAAUUGUCACGUGAUUUGGUGGAGUUCCUGUGCAGUGUAAACACCCACAACUCGAUAGAUGUCCUGUCCCUCGUUCUCUUCUGGCUCAGACUGGACACUAAAAAUAUGGAAGUAGUCCCGACUCUUCUGGACUCAUUUGAUUUUGCUGACGUGUUCAAACAGAACCAGGAGCUGGCGGAGUCCUUCUUUACACACAUUAUUAGCGGAGAUUUCACAGCGGAAGUGAGGAUGAGAAUCAUGAACCUCAGUUUCCAGAGCUGUAAAAAUACUCGCUCCUCAAAGAACAGGGCAGGCUUCAGAAUGAGCCGGCUCAAGUCAGUCAAGGACAUUAAGGCAAAGGAUCAAACAGAACACGUCGACUGAAUCUGAUUCUGAGUUCUGACAAGAUGAAUUAUUAUUUGUGUUGUAACUGAUUGUUUGACGAACUUGAAACUCAAUGGUAAUGCAAGUGCGAGGAUUUGGAAUGGAAAAAUGAUGAAAUUGAGAUGAGGCGUUAAAGUGAGGCGUUGAGAUGCAAGAUGAGACGUUUACAUUGAUAAAUCCAAUCAUCGUUAAAUUUAUUCCUUUCAUUUAACUAUUUAAGACACCAAACAAAUAUAUUGGUAUUCGCUGAAAAACAUUAUGUCAGAAGCAAAAAGACACUGAAUUUUACUUUUUGCUGAAUGUUUAAUUACCAAUAGUGUUUUAUGAAAUUUGCAAAUCAAACAUGGAACAAAAGUUGUAUUAUUUAAGUGUGACAGUAUAAGCUGUAACACAUUAUUUUGUUAUUAACUUCUUGAUUCGAAUAAUGAAAAUCAGUC